AACUGGUCAUUGAAUCGCAAUCGUGUAUUUAUCAUGUUUAUUCUCUGUUUAUCCUUAUCCGCACAGCAUGUUUGCUCGUGCUGGAAGAACAGUAAUUGCAGAAGUGAUCUGCACUCAUUGAAUAUUACACACGAAUUCACGAUUACAGCUGUUCCUUCUUGAAAUACUAUCGAAUCGAGACAUUUUCACAAUGAGAUUUCCGAUUUUGUUUCUACCUACAAUAAUAGCAACUACAGGUCAUUUACUGGAGAAUUCGAUUCAAACAUUUACUAAAACCACUCCGUUAGUUGUAACAACGUGGGAUUACUGGAACGCCACAGACAAAGCGUGGAAUAUUCUGUAUGUAAAAAAACGUAGUUCGCUGGACGCUAUAGAAUUAGCAUGCAGCUUGUGCGAACAGCUUCAAUGCCGAACGACAGUUGGAUUUGGUGGGAGUCCUGAUGAGAUGGGCGAGACAACAUUGGAUGCAAUGAUAAUGGAUGGCGUCAAAAUGGAUGUUGGUGCAGUUGGCAGCUUACGAAGAAUAAAGAAUGCUAUUUCAGUCGCUCGUAAGGUUCUAGAUCACACAGAACAUACUUUAUUAUCGGGUAAACUGGCCACUGACUUUGCAGUCAAAAUGGGCUUCAUUGAAGAAGAUCUUCAAACGCCUGAGUCUAAGAAUAUGUGGCUGAAAUGGAAGGCCAACAAUUGUCAGCCAAACUUUUGGAAGAAUGUUUCACCAAAUCCCAAACACUCUUGUGGCCCAUACAAGCUAACAUCAAAUGAAAUUAGAAGCAGCAGCCAGCCGAAAAGGUCGAAUAAAGCUAUUGACGAAAGUAACCAUGACACCAUUGGUAUGAUCGCAAUUGAUAUCAAUGGACACAUUGCUGCUGGUACAUCUACAAAUGGAGCAAAAAACAAAAUUCCUGGGCGUAUCGGAGACUCUCCGAUUCCAGGGGCUGGUUGUUAUGCUGAUCAGGAAGUUGGCGCUGCCGCUGGCACAGGAGACGGAGAUGUUAUGAUGCGCUUUCUUCCCAGCUUCUUAGCAGUGGAAGAAAUGCGCCGCGGAGCGUCUCCAAGCCAUGCUGCUGAGACAGCAGUUCGUCGUAUAGCUCAGCAUUAUCCAAAGUUUGUCGGUGGAGUUAUUGCUCUUAAUAAGAAUGGCGAGUACGGAGCUGCUUGCAAUGGGAUGGAAAAAUUUCCAUUUUACGCGAGUAAUCCUUUACUCGGUGAACCUACUUUGAAUCACGUACGAUGUAUUGAGACCUGAUUCAACCAUACUUUAUGCCUAUAUUAGCCUUGUAAUACUGCUUUUGCUACCAAAAAAAAAUAUUAUUGUGAUACAUACAAUUAAUGGAAUGUUACUGAACUUGAAACGCUUGUGAUAAAUUACUGAUUUUUUAAUAUUCAAAAUGAUGGUUUGCAAAGAUUUGUAAUGUAAUG